AGUGUUUAGAACACAAUGUUCCGGAUGCUGGGUCAGUGGAGUUCCCCUUUAAUUUUUUCCACCCUUUCUUUUAGUUUUUUUAGCACAAUAUUGGUGUUCACUGGGUUGUUGCAUUUAAAAAAAAAAAGGUCUGAGGUUUAUUGUGUUGGUAUAAACUGGUCGGAGGGUUUUUUUAGGUCUCGGUAGCGCUCUGACGUAUAGGAGGGCUGUACUUCCUUUUAUAUUUUAGGUUUCCUGUCCUUGGGGAGAAGUCCAUCUCUAUGGUUGUGCUGUCGUGACUACAAGGAAACAGAAUUACCGGCUGCAGGAUGAUGAACGCCGUCCCGGAGGGAGUCCUGCUGGAAAUCCUGUCCGCCGUUCCUGCGCCUGAUCUGAUCUGCCGCUGCCGACCGGUCUGUACGCUGUGGAGAAAUGUGAUUGACUCGUCCGCUUUAUGGAAGACGAAAUGUCAGCGGGACGGAUUUAUAUUGAGGCGAUGCAGACGGAUCCCACCGGACUGGAGGAUGUUCUACUUUCUACAUCUACGGAAGAAGAAUUUACUGAAAAACCCAAUUGCAGAAGAAAACUUCAAGUACUGGCAUAAAAAAGAAGAUGGAGGCGAUCAUUGGAAGGUGGAAACCCUCCCUGGCGCCCAUGGCCGGCCAUUCCCAGAUGAAAAAGUAAAGAAGUACUAUGUCACGUCUUAUCAUUGGUGUUUAAAGUCCCAGACUAUCAACCUGAAGAAAGAAGGAUACCCCAAUGAGUUCAUGGACAUUGUGCAACCCAACAUAAUCAUCAAGGACUGGUACUCAGCCAGACACGACUGUGGGAGCCAGUACACGAUUCACGUACAACUCUUGUCACAUGACAAGACCGUAAUAGCGGAGUUUAAGCCGGAUCCUGUUCGUAUAGAGCAGUGGAGCACCGCGGAGUGGGCCCAGAUUGAAUACACCUUCAGAAUGUACGGUCCUGGGGUUCGCUACAUCUAUUUUGAACAUGGAGGAUGUGACACCCAGUUUUGGGCCGGCUGGUACGGUAUAAGGGUGACAAACAGUAGCGUGACAAUCGAUCCCGGGGACCUCAGCACCUGAGUCCGGAGACAUCUAAACUUGUGCCGGAAACGUCACUUUUUUGAUCCCCAAUGCUAAAACGCUAUAAUCUACCUCUUGUCCAUCUGCUCUGCAAUUAAAGGGGCACUCCUGUGGAAACCUUUUUUUUUUUUUUUAAUCAGCUGAUGCCAGAAAGUUAAACGGAUUUGUAA